AUAACAGUACUUUAAAAAACGUACAAAUGAUGUACUUAAACGAUAACUAUUAUAUAAAUAAUCCAAAAACAGAAGUUAAAAUAUAUAAAAAAAACUCAUUUCAUUUAUAUAAUGAGCUGUGUUGCGAAGAUUGCGCAACUGUACCGGGCCUUCUUAAAGUUAAUUUCUAACGGUCUAUAAGACAAGUUUUCCGAGUUUGUACUAGUUAUUCUGAUUGUCUAUAGUCAUUUGUACAAAUGAACCAACUAAUCAAUCGCAUAGUUUGCAGUGGACAGCAAGCAUCGAUUGGUAAGAGGUUGUGCGCUGAUUUUGUAAGAGGAUUUCGUGUGUCAUCUCAAAACAUGGUUAUCGCAGUAGGUGAUAAAAUACCAUCAGUUGAUCUUUUUGAAGAUACACCUGUAAAUAAAGUAAAUCUCGCAAAUAUUGCAGCUGGUAAAAAAUUGGUAGUUUUUGCAGUACCAGGAGCAUUUACACCAGGAUGUUCAAAGACUCAUCUACCUGGUUACAUUCAAAAAGCCAGCGAAAUAAAAUCUAAAGGAUUUGACGAAAUUGUUUGUGUUUCUGUAAAUGAUCCAUUUGUAAUGGCAGCGUGGGGUAAAGAGCAAGGAGCAGAUGGAAAAAUACGCAUGUUGGCGGAUCCUGCAGCUGCAUUUACAGAUGCAUUAGGAUUGUCUAUGGACUUGGCUGUACUUGGUGGAAAAAGAAGUAAACGUUAUUCAAUGGUCCUUGUAGAUGGAGUAGUGAAGGAAUUAAAUGUAGAACCAGAUGGUACUGGACUUUCUUGUUCUUUAGCAGAUCAUAUUAAAGGAUGAAGUGCAUAUCUUUGAAUACUGAUAGUCUUUUUACCAUUCAAAUGAUUAUAGUUUGCACACAUGUUUAAUGAACAACUAUUUGUGUCAUUUACUAUAUUUAAUGUUUUUCCUAUGUUUUUAGAGCAAAUUACUUGAAAUAAGCAACUGUUAUUUUCAAUCGUAAAAAUAAAGUU